AUGAAAACAGGACGUUAUAUUGAUAUCGAUUGUGUAUCGAAUGCCAUUGAUAAUUAUCAAUCGAAUUUUGAUAAUAAUCUUAACGAUGGCACAUUUCAAUUUGAUACGGAUAUAUUGUCAAAUGCUUCUAUGGUAACACCAAAUGCAUUUGAUUUAUUUAGACCAUUAGAAUAUCGAAUAUUAAAAGCGUCCAGAAAUGCGACAUGUCUUUGA